AUGUUCCCCAGCGUUCUAGACGUGGAGAGGGACUGCCUUCCUUCCUUCCUUCUUUCCAUCAGGUUUGCCCUAGGUCGUCAUCGUCGCAUGUCAGCCAGGGGGGCGGAAAAUGGGGCGGGCGGGCGACGAUGGCGUGUAAUUGGCGUGGUUCAUUGGCGUGCGCAGGCGACCAUAGAGCGGACAGUUGGAGUCGGCACACGAUGUGCGGUGCGCGUCGCGUCGCCUGCAGCAUCAAUCAAGCGAAGGCAAGAAAAAGGUCGUGACGAGCGCCCAAGAGAAGGACGGUUGAGGGCGUUGCCGAUCCUUGGAACGAGCGGGGGCGAGAUUUGGCGUGAUGGUGGAGUUUUGAAAGGAGGAGGGAUUGGAGCUUUUGGCAGUCGAGGAGGAGGGAGAGGAGGGAGUGAGCGAGGGCGAGGUGGGGAUUUGAGGAGGAGGAGAGUUUUUUAUGUGGCCGGGUGGUGGAGGGGUGCAACUGCUAACGCUGUGUCUCGGGGUGGUUUAUGCGGUACAUUAGGAGGGAGGUAG